CAUCUUGAUUCGGGGCAGCUCUCUGGCGGAGGCUGUGGUCCGUGAAGGAAGCAGAGUGACCCGCACAAACGUCUGACGAGCCGUUGAGCUCCAUCGUUUUACUAAACUCAGCUGCUGAUGCUGAGCAGGAGUCCUCCAGGGAGCUGCUGAGGGAAGAUGCCAGACUUCUGUGCAGCCUACGGAUGCUCUAAUCAGCGCAGUGUGGACACCAGAGCCCGUGGGAUCACCUUCCACGUGUUUCCCAAAACCGGAGAGAGAAGGAGGAAGUGGGAGCUUGCCCUGAGGAGGAAGGGUUUUGCUGCUGCUGGCAGGACGAUGCUCUGCAGCGAGCACUUCAGACGGGAGGACUUCGACAGGACGGGCCAGACGGUCCGUCUCAGAGAUGGUGUUGUGCCGUCCAUAUUCAGCUUUCCAGCUCAUCUUCAAAGGGUGUGUGUAUCACUGACCAACAAGUCAAUAGCAAAAAGAAGCACAACCACUUCAAGAAGUGCAGAAGACAACCUGCCAAGGAGCUGGUCUCAGGAUGAACCUCAGCCUGAUGCUGAAGCCACUGGACUGAGGGGUUUGAGCCACAAGCGCCAGUCCACUGACCACUUAUAUGCACUGCCUGCCUGCCCGAAGGCGAUAAAGGCCAAACUUGAAGAAGCCUCAGCAAGAGUGAGGAAGCUGCAGCGGGAGAAGAUUAAUGCCCUGAGGAGAGAAAAGAGGGCCAAGGACAGCAUGCAGGCUCUGCUGGAGGAACUGAAGGAGAAACAUCUCAUCAACAAAGAGCUGAACUUUUCAACAUGUAGCGUUUCUUGAUGUAUAUUUGUAAAGGGAAAUCUUUUACCUAUUUUUUAUUGCAAAUAAAUGUACAGUACAAUACA